AUGCCUCCUCUGAUCCCAUACCAUGUCUCUGCCGGGAGUAAUCCUGUCGUCAAGUUUGGAGGCGCCCUUGUUACCGAAUUCUUGGAACCCCCGCCGGGUCGGUGCUUCUGCUUCCGUCAAAAGUACAGCCUGAAGCCUCCCAUUGACGAAGGGGACCCGGACUACGAACGGAUCAAUGCAGCACUGAAUCACCCCUCCGGCCCUCCCCUCCACUUCCACCCGUUCCAAAACGAAUAUUUCCGGGUCGAGCAAGGACGCAUGUGCCUUGAAGUCAACGGUGAGACUCGCAUUCUGACGCCCGAAGAUGGAGAGGUCCAGGGCCGGGCCGGGUCCAUCCACCGGUUCUACAUCGCCCCUGACAGCACCGAAGACAUGGUCAUUAUCCUCAGUGCCUCCGAUCCCGGUCUGGACUACCAACUUGAUCGCGUUUUCUUCGAGAUUGGUAUGACAUAUGAUGCGGGGGAUGCGUAUCUUCUGCCCCCAGCCUGGGUACCGAAUUGCUUGCGAAAGACGAUCGGGUACUGGGGCGGAAUCAUUGUGGGGCGUUGGAUUGGGGGUCUGCUGGGCUACCGGCCGUUCUUCAAGGAGUAUACCACGGACUGGGAGUACGCCGUGAAGAAGAUGGAGUCAUCUUUCUUCACACGACGGCUGGUGGGGCGCUCGUUCUCCUCCGCCCUCGAUUGGGCGCAGCUGGAGGAGUGCGCACGUGCGUGGGGGGAUGGAGGAGGCACCGAUCGCUUCGUCAAACCUCACCCUAAGCUAGUAGACUAG